UCUCCUCCGAAGCGAACUAAGAAUAACACAAAAAAGUCUGCAAAAAGCAAUUCGCGCUCAAACAGCAAAAAGAAAGUAAACGGUUCGGCAUUGGGUUCGACGCUCUCACCGAACAGUCUGUCCUCCAAUUCGCCGGCAAUUCAUUCGACGAAAUUAGUUACCGAAAAGUCUUCGCGAAAAAAGGGUCAAAAUUCAAAGCUUAACUCAAAAAGCGUGACAAACGACGCGUCGUCUCUCACGCCGACCAAUAUGUUCACCGAAACGGCUGAAUCGUUCGCCAGAGAACAGGCCAUUAGAGGAACAAAAAGACGAUCGAAUAGGAGUUCUUCGCGACCAAACAAACGACAAAACACUAAUUCAUCGCUUCAUGUAAUUGAUUCUCAAAUC